AUGUCAGUAACAGAGUUUCCACCACUUCUUUCACAAGAUGAUUGUCAGAAAUAUAAAGUUCCAUUGAAAUGGAGAGAUAGAUGUGCUGCUUAUUUUGCUCUUUAUCAAACCUGUAUUAUUAGACAAUCGGCCAAUUCAUCGGUGAGUUGUAAACAUGAUAAACAUGCAUGGGAAGAAUGUGAAAAUUUGGAUUUGAUUAGAAGAAAACAAGAAUUAAAAGAAGCAAGUCAAUAA